AUGGCCGCCGCAGCACCACCACCACUCCCAACCACCACCCCCGAGCUCAACAUGGAUCUCCCGACUAGCCACCCACUCUUCACCAGGAUCCGCCUCGCAACUAGACUCGACGUCCCGGUUAUCCACAAAAUGAUCUACCAAAUGGCAGUAUUCGAACGCCUCACCGACCUAUGCUCCGCCACCGAAUCCUCCCUCUCCACCACUCUCUUCUCGAAAGAUAACCCCUUCGAAUCCUUCACCGUAUUCCUCAUCGAAGCUUCCACAAAACCGUUUCCUUCCUCCUCCGUCGCCCACCACCCCAAAUUCACACCAACGCACAAAACCCUAAAUCUUGACUACCCGAUCUCCGAUCCCGAAUUGGAAGUCUUCAAGUCAUCGACGAUGGAGGAAGGAGUGAUCGUAGCUGGAUUCGUUCUGUUCUUCCCUAAUUACUCGUCGUUUCUGGCGAAACCAGGGUUCUACAUAGAAGAUCUGUUCGUGAGGGAGAGUUAUCGGAGGAAGGGAUUGGGGAAGAUGCUUUUGUCGGCGGUGGCUAGACAGGCGGUGGCGAUGGGGUACGGGAGGGUGGAGUGGGUUGUGCUGGAUUGGAAUAUGAAUGCGAUAAAGUUCUACGAGGAAAUGGGAGCUACUGUUAUGCAGGAAUGGAGGGUUUGUAGACUCACUGGGUUUUCCCGGUGUUUGUAG